AUGAACAAGCAGUGGUUUACUCUUCCACCUGCACCCAAGUAUUUGUCGGAAGAUGUGAGUGUAGGGUUUAUCACACAACUUGAAGCAGGAUGCACCUCAGUAAGUUUUAAGGUUGUAUUACUUCAUUGUCGGGCAAAGAUACGAACUUCCCUUGAGCUGGAGGUAUUUUCUUCUGAAACAGGUGAAUGGAUAGCAUAUAGCAUUAAGAGUGAUCUUUCGGUUCUUGGUAGCGGUCGUUUGAGUGGUGUUUACUUGAACAACUAUUUGCACUGGAUAGGCCGGGGACUUGGAAUUAUAGCCUAUGAUCCGUAUGGCAGUCCUGAUACGUUCCGAUUCAUUCCAUUUCCAGAUGGAUUUAACAGUUCUAGUAAAAGGGGAAGAAGAAGUUUGUGCGGUGUACAACAAGGAUGCCUGAUGCUUUGUGAGAUGUUGGGUGUGUUUGAUCUGGAAGGCUUUUCCCAUUUCAAAAUAUGGGUGCUUGAGGACUACAAAGCAAACCGAUGGCUUAUGAAGCAUAGCAUCAAGAAGGAAGAUGUAAUUGUAGAUGAUAAGUUAUUGGUCAAGAAGUUGUGGGUUGAACCUGCAGCUUUCCAUCCAUAUGAUCCAGAUGUUAUUUAUUUGGCGCUGGAUGGCUUUGAUUUGGUGUCAUACAACACGAGGACUAGGAGAGGCUGGAACCAUUUAGUGUUCCAAAGAAACGUGAAGAGAGGAUUGAAGGGAAUAGAAUCUUUUCAUGGCCACCAUGCUUUUUGGUUGACCUCCCAUUAUGGCCUGUUUCUGUUCCACAUUACUUAUUUCCGUAGCUGCGCAUAA